UUCAAGGACGGACUCAUCAUCUCUCACUGGAUCCCACCCGGCUAAAUCUGGUUCCGGAGCUCUCGCUGUCUCCCUCCCUCUCUAGUCUCCAUUUCAGGCUAAGUCCCUUUCUACUCGUCCUCCUCCUCCGGAUUAGCUCGAAGAAGAACAGUGCUGCUUUCAUGGCGACAAGAUCUCUCAAUUCUCUCUCUGCUGUUCAUAAACGCGGCCGUGGUCGACCGCCGAAGCGUAAGCCCGAUUUCCAUCAGAACGAUGUGACUGAUGAAGCCCCACCGGCCAAGCGACCGAGGGGACGUCCUAGGAAGGACGGAGCUCCGGUGGGCUCGAAGGCUGCUCCAAUGGCGGAAUCGAAACAGAAAGGACGCGGUAGGCCGAGGAAGUCCAAGCCCGUGUCAACCCUGGAGAGGGUUUCGCCCAUCAUUGUUAAUGACCCACGAAAACGAGGAGGGAGGCCAAAGAAAUCUGAUGCUGCGUCUGUUGAAAUCGUGGAGGAGACGGUGGUGGCUCCAGCCAAGAGGCGAGGUCGGCCACCUAAGAUCGACAGUGUUAUCAGCGUCUCUCAUUCUGGGAGGCAGAGGGGUAGGCCUAGAAAGGAUGCUACAGCCGUAGAAGUUCCCCGAGAAGAAGAAGCUGCAGACUACGGAGCCCUCGAGAGAAAAUAUGAAUUCUUACAAGACAAAGUGAAGGAGGCAGCCGGCAAGUUAAAAGCGGCAUUUUCGGCAAUGGAGGAAAUUCAAGUCAUAGCGGCAGAGAUGAACACUGAAAGGAGCCAUUGCCACCGCCAUGGAUGAUCAGACGGAACAGCAAGCGUGUACGUUUUUAGGGGAUAAAAAAACAGGACAUUGUUUGGUGAACACUGACAAGAUUUAGCAAAGUGAUAUGUUUAUGUUUUGUAUGUUUUAUCUUAGGUGUGUUUGAAGAUAGUGCAAGUAGGGGUUGUAAUGUUUGUAGCUUUGUUGAUCUCUUUGCAGUUUACUUAGAGCAAGCUUCAUUCAUGUUUGUCC